AUGCCUUUCACUGCCUCGGAUAUCUGCAAGAUCAUCUUUGCGAUCAUCUUGCCGCCACUGGGUGUUUUCCUGGAGCGAGGAUGCGGUGCUGAUUUCCUGAUCAACAUCUGUUUGACAAUCCUGGGUUGGCUCCCUGGUGUCAUUCAUGCCUUGCCCGUCAUUACCGCCCACUUCGAUUCAAAACCCGUCGAUUGGGGGAAUAACCUCGUCCUACCUACGAUUUCUUAUCCUACGGAAUCGAAGAUUCGAAAUUUAGCGGGUCGGGGUGACGUUGUCAACAUCAUUAGUAUCGUUCCGCGGGCUCCCGACGAGUCUAGCCUAAUGCAACCCCGCCAACAUAAGCGCCGUCAUUGGGCGGAUGUCCAGCAUGCUCAGUGCGGCGUGUGUUUGUGA